AUGCGGGACUUAGGGCCAGAACACCUGGAUUCAAAUAUUAGCUGGUCAACUGAUUAUGGAACAACCUAUGAGAAGCUGAAUGAUAAAGUUGGGUUGAAAACAAUUUUAAGCUAUCUCUACGUGUGUCCUACCAACAAGCGUAAGAUCAUGUUACUCACAGACCCGGAGAUUGAGAGCAGCUUACUGAUCAGCUCAGAUGAAGGGGCCACCUACCAGAAGUACCGGCUGAACUUUUACAUUCAGAGCUUGCUUUUCCACCCCAAGCAAGAGGACUGGAUUCUGGCAUACAGCCAAGACCAAAAGUUAUACAGCUCUGCCGAAUUUGGGAGAAGAUGGCAGCUUAUCCAGGAGGGUGUCGUACCAAACAGGUUCUACUGGUCUGUGAUGGGAUCAAACAAGGAACCAGAUCUUGUGCAUCUCGAGGCCAGAACUAUAGAUGGUCAUUCACAGUACCUAACUUGCCGAAUGCAGAACUGCACAGAGGCCAACAGGAAUAAACCUUUCCCAGGCUACAUUGACCCAGACUCUUUGAUUGUCCAGGAUGAUUAUGUGUUUGUUCAGCUGACAUCAGGAGGACGGCCGCAUUACUACGUGUCCUACCGAAGGAAUGCGUUUGCCCAAAUGAAGCUGCCCAAAUAUGCUUUGCCCAAGGACAUGCACGUCAUCAGCACAGAUGAGAAUCAAGUGUUUGCAGCGGUGCAAGAAUGGAACCAAAAUGACACCUAUAACCUCUAUAUCUCAGACACCCGUGGGGUCUAUUUCACGCUGGCCUUGGAGAAUGUUCAGAGCAGCAGAGGUCCUGAGGGAAACAUCAUGAUUGACCUCUAUGAGGUAGCAGGGAUAAAGGGAAUGUUCUUGGCUAACAAGAAGAUUGACAACCAAGUGAAGACUUUCAUCACGUAUAACAAAGGCCGAGACUGGCGUUUGCUGCAGGCGCCUGACACAGAUCUAAGGGGGGACCCCGUGCACUGCUUACUGCCCUACUGCUCACUGCACCUUCACCUGAAGGUCUCUGAGAACCCCUACACCUCAGGGAUCAUCGCCAGCAGAGACACAGCCCCCAGCAUCAUAGUGGCUUCAGGUAACAUAGGUUCCGAAUUGUCAGACAGCGACAUCAGCAUGUUUGUCUCUUCAGAUGCAGGGAACACCUGGAGGCAGAUCUUUGAAGAAGAGCACAGCGUUUUGUAUCUGGAUCAAGGUGGAGUCCUGGUUGCUAUGAAGCACACGUCUCUCCCGAUUCGACAUCUCUGGUUGAGUUUUGAUGAAGGGAGAUCUUGGAGCAAAUACAGUUUCACAUCUAUUCCACUCUUUGUGGAUGGGGUUUUGGGCGAGCCUGGGGAAGAGACUCUAAUCAUGACAGUGUUUGGACACUUCAGCCACCGCUCCGAAUGGCAGCUGGUCAAGGUGGACUACAAGUCCAUUUUUGAUAGACGGUGUGCCGAGGAGGACUACCGACCCUGGCAGCUGCACAGCCAGGGGGAAGCAUGCAUCAUGGGAGCAAAAAGGGUAUAUAAGAAGCGAAAAUCAGAGAGGAAGUGUAUGCAAGGAAAAUAUGCAGGAGCUAUGGAAUCUGAACCUUGUGUCUGCACGGAGGCCGAUUUUGACUGUGACUACGGUUAUGAGCGACACAGCAAUGGUCAGUGUCUGCCAGCAUUUUGGUUCAAUCCGUCUUCUCUGUCAAAGGAUUGCAGCUUAGGACAGAGUUAUCUCAACAGCACCGGGUAUAGGAAAGUGGUUUCCAAUAACUGCACCGAUGGAGUAAGAGAACAGUACACUGCCAAACCGCAGAAGUGUCCCGGGAAGGCCCCGCGGGGGCUGCGGAUCGUCACUGCUGAUGGGAAGUUGACGGCAGAACAGGGGCACAACGUUACUCUCAUGGUGCAGCUGGAAGAGGGUGACGUCCAGAGGACACUCAUCCAAGUGGACUUUGGUGAUGGCGUUGCAGUGUCUUAUGUCAACCUCAGCUCCAUGGAAGAUGGCAUCAAACAUGUCUAUCACAACGUGGGCAUUUUCCGAGUGACGGUGCAGGUGGACAACGGUCUGGGGUCGGACAGCGCCGUCCUGUACUUACAUGUAACUUGUCCCCUGGAGCAUGUACACCUGUCUCUUCCCUUUGUCACCACGAAGAACAAAGAGGUCAACGCAACUGCAGUGCUGUGGCCCAGCCAAGUGGGCACGCUCACUUACGUAUGGUGGUAUGGAAACAACACAGAGCCUCUGAUCACCUUGGAGGGAAGCAUAUCAUUCAAGUUUACUUCUGAAGGGAUGAACACCAUCACAGUCCAGGUCUCUGCUGGGAAUGCCAUCCUGCAAGACACAAAGAGCAUCGCGGUGUAUGAGGAAUUCCGGUCCCUUCGCCUGUCCUUCUCUCCGAACCUGGAUGACUACAACCCUGAUAUCCCCGAGUGGAGGAGGGACAUCAGCCGAGUCAUCAAAAAGUCCCUGGUGGAAGCCACAGGGGUCCCAGGCGAGCACAUCUUGGUGGCAGUGCUCCCUGGCUUGCCCACCGCAGCUGAGCUCUUUGUCUUGCCCUAUCAGGAUCCAGCUGGAGAAGGCAAAAGGUCAGCGGAAGACCUGGAGCAGAUAUCAGAACUGCUGAUCCACAAGCUCAAUCAAAACUCGGUGCACUUUGAGCUGAAGCCUGGGGUCCAAAUCCUUGUCCAUGCGGCUCACUUAACAGCAGCCCCGCUGGUGGACCUCACUCCAACUCACAGUGGGUCUGCCAUGCUGAUGCUGCUCUCAGUGGUGUUUGUGGGGCUGGCCGUGUUCGUCAUCUACAAGUUUAAAAGGAAGAUCCCGGGGAUUAAUGUUUAUGCCCAGAUGCAAAAUGAGAAAGAACGAGAGAUGGUCAGUCGAGUCAGUCCCACUGAAAGCAGGCCCCAUAUCCCUCAGACUGAACUCAGGAGGCCUGGCCAACUGAUAGAUGAGAAGGUGGAUUCCCAGCUCAUAGGAAGUAUUUCCAUAGUUGCUGAGAAUCAAAGCACAAAAGAAAUCCCUACCUAUGUAAAUGUUUGAAUGGAGGACGCCAGUAAAAACAAAAACAAACAAACAAAAAAAUAAAAUAAAAACAAUCAAAAUCCAAACAAACAAACAAACAAACACUCACUGCAUCGGGACUUUUUAAUUCUUCAGACACAGACAACAAGGGUUUUUAGCUUUAAGCCUGUGCAUGUGGACAAUACCUUGAGAACAUGCUUGGAGGGGCAGUGUACAGGUGCUCUAUUUUAAUGGAAAAAACACUCCCCUCCCCCUUUCUCCCUCUCUCUCUUUUUUCUGAUCGGUCGUGUUUGUAGAACAUUCAUAACAUAUAGAGGCCAAGGAAAUCUGCAUGUGUUUUUGGAAAUAUUCUUGGCUCUAGAUUUAACAGCUAUUUUAGCUCUACGGGCUGACGGGUGGAUUAGCCACCCCAGCCCCUUUCAUAAGACACAAAGACAUGCACAGGAGUGUGAAACCCUGAGCUGUUUCUCUGUUCCACUUUCCUUACUGCCAUUUUUCUGUUCUCAGUUAUCUCUGGUAGCCCUGUUGGCCAGCGGUGACCACAGGGCUGCUUAUUUGCAUUCUGUAUGGCCACAGGGAUGAAGAAGCGAGUUGAAGUUCCAUAUACUCAGGCAGAGUGAUGCAGGCAGGCAGGGGGCAGGCAUGUGAGAAGUGGACCUUUCCCUCACCCAGGCUUUCCCUUGCAGCUUCCCUACUCUCGCCCCAACCAACAUAGAAAAGAGAAUCCCAGUUACCCGUCGUCUGGCCUCCCCAUGUGUUUGCUAUCCAUGUGUGAUCAUGACCUCUUGAUGUCUUUGUACCUCUUCCUUCCAGUUUCCAAGUGGUCUUUCAAGUCCCCCUACUUUUUUCUUCCCAAACAUGUUGCAAGAUUCUGGACACGAACCUCGGUAUUUCCUAAAUACUGGCCUGGCGCCUGCCAACCUUGCCCUUGUCACAUUCAAAUUUCUGAUCCGUCAGCAUGCCAGCUUCCCUACACACUGACCAGGCUGUCCUGCCCUGCAGGGUUCAGCUCCAUGUACCCUUUGUCUCCUCCUGGAGAACCUGCCUCUUGCAAAUAGCCUUGCCUUUUCUCACCUGGAAACAUGCAAUGUGUGUGAAAGAGUUGGUACAUGCAAAACAAUUCAGACCUGGCCAUGUACACUGGAAAAGAAAGCAGACAGAUGCGUAGUGGUAUUCUCACACCUUAACAAAAAUCUCUCGUGUGCAGAUUCCAGAAUAUUCUCGCGAGAAAUGUUUUGACAUGUUACUGUGUGGCAGGGCAGUUUCCUUCUGUAAUGGUUGCUAUUACCCAGUAUUUGUUCUCUCACCGUAGAGUAAAGCUAUUUGUAAAAUAAAACUGAUUUUAACGAGAAGAAGAAGCAGGUUAAUGGAUUUAAUAUUGAAGAGUAUCAAAAAGUCUGAGAACAUAUGGAGGUCUUGUCUUACAUAAGGAUGCAAUUUUGGUUAUGAAGGAACCCAGACAUUUCACAUGUGUGAUCUCUGAUCUCUGAGUAUCGUAGUAUUGGCAAAGGAAAAAUUAAUAAGCUUCAAGGGGAGGAGGUAGAUGUCUAACUAAAGCAGAAUGACUCAAGGCAUGAAAAAUCCCUGUUUGCCCAGGGCAAUAAUGAAAGAAUCACCAGAGAAAGAAUGACACAGAAGCAUGUCCAGCAGAAGCCCUUGGAGGAUUAUGAGUUGGGUAAAGCCCACUCUAAAAUAUAGUAGAAAGCAGUUUUGAAAAACCACUCAGAGGGAGCAGCCUCCUUCUUGGCCAUGUUCCCAGGCCAGUAACAGUUUAUAACAGGGUCCCAAUGAUAAUGGGGGUGUCCCAAAGGUCUUGAGGAGCCCUGCCCUUAUGUAGCUGGGCAGGAGAAGAGUGACAAAGCUGCAGUCAGAAGUUAACCAAGCAGAAGUUUUUGUGAUUGAGGAUGCCCAGUGUGGAUCUGGGAAAUGGAUUAUGCCUGCGGCAACCAUCUGUUUGUAGAACUCAAUUGAUCCCCAACCUGCCAGGCUUCCUAUCCCAUAGGACACAUCCUCAUCGAUCCGCUUCAGUUGGAGCCGCCCAAGUUUAAUCUGGAAGACAAAAUGUUGGGAAACCAAAAGAGGCUCCCUCAAAACAGCACAGGGGGUCCUUGGAGUUGCAGUUCAAGUAAUUUUAAUUGGAAAAUUAUGAGAAAUGGAAAAACCCUCUGAAUCUAGCACAGUGCCUUGCCUAGAGUAGGUAUUAAGAAAACCACUCAUUGAAGGGAUACAUGAAAAGACUACGUGAGAAAACAUAGGGAAGGAUGGGCUUGCAAGUCCUAAGUAAAAAUCGAGGUAGACAUGAGAUGCCUGGCAUUUUGGAAAGUGAUCACAGAUGGCCAGCUCUCUAGUGAGCAUCUCCAGGGUCUUCAUGUGCCUCUCCUCCAAGCUCCCUCCCACCUGUAGGAGAUUAGUGAGGCUAGGUACUGCUCAGAGUGGACCUCAUUAUUCUUACAAUCUAGCUCUAUGGUUCUCAAAGUGUGGUACCUGGACCAGCAGAAUCAGCAUCACCUCAGACUUAUUAGAAAUUUGGGGUCCCCCUACUGAAGUCCUACUGAAUCAGGGGGCUAGGGGCCCAGCAGUCUGUUUUUACCAGCCCUUCAGGUUAUUGUGAUGCACACAGAAGUUUGGGAACCUCUGCACCCUGCCAUUCCAGCUCAAUCCCAAAGAGAACGUAGUAAUGAGAGCCUACAAAUGGGAGGGACCCAAGUGCCUACCUACUCACUAACAGCAGGUGCAAACACAGUGAGGAGUUUGGUGGGCCAGAGGAGUGAGUGGCGAGGGAUGGGCGUGGAAGGGAAAAUUCAGGGCAAGCUAAAAAUCUGAUAUUGUGAUGUUUUCCAAAACUCCCAGAGGGCAAACUGUGCAUGCUCUACCCUGAAAUACCCAGCCAACAUUUUCUCCUUCGCCUUAUUCCUAAUUGGAUUCACUGUCCAAAAUGCAGAGGUUUGCCUUGCUUUUUUUUUCAGAAGUUCCAAACAGCAACUUUGAGAGCAAUGGGGUGUUUGGCAGCUGUUCUGUGUUUUCCAGGAUUCCAACUGAGCAUUGAAAUCCCUCAUUUGCCAACUUAUUUUUAUAGGAAGCCAAUUUAAAAAAAAAAAAAAAGUUUUCUUAUAGUAUCGGAACUACUUCUAAUUUUCAAAUGACUUUUUUGAUGUAUUUUUUUGUUAAAUACUAUGUAGUGUAAUGUAUAAUUGCUCUUGUUUAUUGCUUUUACAAUCAUAUUUAUUAAACAGAUAAUGUCUCUAAAGUCUUGGCCUCAAGGAGUGUAUUUUAUCUCGAACCCAACUGUGACAUUCAGUCUUGAUACACAAGUGAUGCAGCUAU